GCAGCCUCUCCGCCCCGCCCGGCCCUGCCUUGCCCGCCGCGCUUAGCACCGUACCGCAUCGCGGAAUGAUCGUACCCGGUUGCUGCCGCCCGUGACCCCACGCCCCCCGCCCGGACGCGGACCAGGAAGAUGAUUCCCGUGACCGAGUUCCGGCAGUUCUCGGAGCAGCAGCCGGCAUUCAGAGUGCUGAAGCCCUGGUGGGAUGUGUUCACAGACUAUCUCUCCGUCGCCAUGCUGAUGAUCGGUGUGUUCGGGUGCACAUUACAGGUCAUGCAAGACAAGAUAAUAUGCCUUCCAAAGCGUGUGCUGCCUUGCCAGAACCAAUCUAAUAGUUCAAAUGUGUUUAACACAAUCCCAGACACAACCCCCAUUCCUCCACCCAAGCCAUCCACCCCUCCAGCUACAGUUGAAAUGAAAGGACUGAAGACUGAUUUGGACCUUCAGCAAUACAGCUUUAUAAAUCAGGUCUGCUAUGAACGUGCUCUGCACUGGUAUGCCAAGUACUUCCCUUACCUCGUCCUUAUACACACGCUGGUCUUCAUGCUCUGUAGUAACUUUUGGUUCAAAUUCCCUGGAUCAAGCUCCAAAAUUGAACACUUCAUUUCAAUACUUGGGAAAUGUUUUGAUUCUCCCUGGACAACAAGAGCCUUAUCUGAAGUGUCAGGGGAAGACUCUGAAGAGAAGGAUAACAGGAAGAACAACAUAAACAAGUCUAAUACUGGUCAGCCAAGCACUGAAGGCACUUUGGUGAAGACACAGUCUUUAAAAUCAAUCCCGGAGAAGUUAGUUGUGGAUAAGGGAACGCCUGGGGCAUUAGAUAAGAAAGAAGGUGAACAGGCCAAAGCACUGUUUGAAAAGGUGAAGAAAUUUAGGCUGCACGUUGAGGAAGGUGAUAUACUCUACGUCAUGUACGUUCGCCAGACUGUACUUAAGGUGAUUAAAUUCCUUAUUAUAAUUGCCUACAACACAGCACUUGUCUCAGAAGUUAAUUUUACAGUAGUCUGUAAUGUUGAUAUCGAAGACAUGACAGGAUAUAAGAAUUUUUGCUGUAAUCACACAAUGGCACAUCUGUUCUCUAAACUUUCUUACUGCUACCUAUGCUUUGUAAGCAUCUACGGCCUCACAUGCCUUUAUACACUCUAUUGGCUGUUCUACCGCUCGCUGAAAGAAUAUUCUUUUGAAUAUGUUCGGCAAGAGACAGGAAUCGAUGACAUCCCCGAUGUCAGGAAUGACUUUGCUUUUAUGCUUCACAUGAUCGAUCAGUAUGAUCCUCUCUAUUCCAAGCGGUUUGCUGUCUUCCUGUCUGAAGUCAGUGAAAACAAACUGAAACAGCUGAACCUAAACAACGAGUGGACUGCAGACAAGCUGCGACAGAGGCUGCAGACGAACUCCCAUAGCCAUUUGGAGCUGCAGCUUUUCAUGCUCUCUGGACUACCAGACACAGUUUUUGAAAUUACUGAGCUGCAGUCAUUGAAACUUGAGAUAAUUAAUAACGUAAUGAUCCCGGCAACCAUUGCACAGCUGGACAAUCUCCAGGAGCUCUCUUUGCACCAGUGCUCCGUGAAGAUCCACAGCGCCGCCUUGGCAUUUCUGAAGGAGAAUCUCAAGAUCUUGAGCGUCAAGUUCGAUGACAUCAGAGAACUUCCACACUGGAUGUAUGGCCUCAGAAAUUUGGAGGAGCUGUAUUUAAUUGGCUCCCUAAGUCACGAUAUUUCCAAAAACAUUACACUGGAGUCUUUUCGGGAGCUUAAAAGCCUUAAAGUUCUUUACGUAAAGAGUAAUUUGUCCAAAAUCCCACAAUCUGCAGUUGAUGUUUCAAGUCACCUGCAAAAAUUGUGCAUCCAUAAUGAUGGCACGAAGUUAGUGAUGCUCAACAACCUGAAGAAGAUGGUCAAUCUGACACAGCUGGAAUUAGUUCAUUGUGAUUUAGAGCGCAUACCUCACGCAGUCUUCAGCCUUCUCAGUCUUCAGGAAUUGGAUCUAAAGGAAAACAACCUCAAAUCCAUUGAAGAAAUAGUAAGUUUUCAACAUCUGCGAAAACUGACAAUCCUAAAGCUGUGGUACAACAGUAUCACAUACAUUCCAGAGCAUAUAAAGAAGCUCACCAGUCUUGAACGACUUUCCUUCAGCCAUAACAAGAUUGAAGUUCUUCCAUCCCACCUGUUCCUAUGCAACAAAAUCAGAUAUCUGGAUUUGUCUUACAAUGACAUUCGCUUUAUCCCACCUGAAAUAGGAGUCCUGCAGAGUUUACAGUACUUCUCCAUUACUUGCAACAAAGUGGAGAGCGUGCCAGACGAACUAUACUUUUGCAAAAAACUGAAGACUCUGAAAAUUGGGAAAAACAACCUGUCGGUUCUCUCACCUAAGAUUGGUAACUUGGUAGUCCUCUCCCACUUGGAUAUUAAAGGCAAUCACUUUGAAAUCCUCCCUCCUGAGCUUGGUGAAUGUAGAGCUCUGAAGCGGACUGGUUUCACUGUAGAGGACACCUUAUUUGAAACGUUGCCUUCUGACGUCAGGGAACAAAUGAAAGCUGAGUAACUUCUCACGGAGUUUUACAGAAACAACGCUUCUACCAAAUAGCCUGUAGAAACGGCAUACUCCGAGUAUGCACUUAGGUUUGGCAUUGGGGUUUUU